GCACAAAUAAUAUCCCAACUUGGUUCAGUUUUUGCAGAAGAGAUGAAGAAGAGUUAGAAAGUCAAAAUGGAAGAGAAGAAACUGCAAAAGUCAUGGGUUUAAUCUUGAAAAGAGAUAUUGAAAAUUGAAAAUAAGGGAAUAUUAAUAGUUGAGAGGUAAUUUGGAAUUAAUGGGGGUAAGUUAGUUCCCAAUCUUUUUCCAAUAAUUCUUAUAUGUCAACCCUAGCAAGCUAGAUGUUUGAUUACCAUAAGUGCAUAAAACCCUUGGGAAAAAGCCAACACACCAAUAGUACCUACAUCCCCACACCCUAAGAUCAUCAACAUCAUCAUCACCAUCUUUAUUUUAACUUCAGAAGCCCUCAAUUUCAUUUCAUGUGUUCUAUGGUUGCAAGUACGUAAUCUUCACAUGAUCCAAAGCUUACAACACCACACGCUAGAUCCACAAAUUUCUACAUAAUCUUGGAUCCCAGAAGCAAACACAAAAAUCAUGAAUUUUAUCGGUAAGACCACUGGUGGUGAUAGUGGAAGUAGCACUGGAAGCAAAAGAAACCAGCAAGGUGGAGAAGGAGGUGGGAAUUCUUUCGAAGAAGACGACGAAGACGAAAGACAAAACACGGGCCCUGCAGGUCAGUUAUUCCCCUCUUCAUCUUCUUCUUCUCCAUCUUCAUCUCAUCAUCAUCAACAACAUCAACAACAACCUCCACUGUUUCAUCCUCAAGCUCCCUACCACAACCAGAACCCGCGUGGGGGCUGGAUGCACCGAGGCGAACCUUCGGCGGCCCCGGAUGAUAAUAAUAAUAAUAACAAUAAUAAUAACAACAAUGAUGAUGAUGGUGACCAACAAUCAGGAGGGGGGAUGAUGAUGGUUGUGGAGAGAGAGCACAUGUUUGAUAAAGUGGUGACUCCAAGUGACGUAGGGAAGCUCAAUCGAUUGGUGAUUCCUAAACAACACGCAGAGAGGUAUUUCCCCUUGGAUUCUUCAACCAACGACAAGGGUCUUCUUCUUAACUUUGAAGACAGGAAUGGAAAACCAUGGAGGUUUAGGUAUUCUUAUUGGAACAGCAGCCAAAGCUAUGUGAUGACUAAAGGAUGGAGCCGUUUUGUUAAAGAUAAGAAGCUAGAUGCUGGAGAUAUUGUUUCUUUCCAGAGAGGUGUCGGUGGUUCGGCUAAAGAUCGGUUGUUUAUCGACUGGAGGCACCGUCCGGAUGCACCACCUCCGCCUUACCAAUUAUCUUCAUUUCCACUACCUCAUCAUCAGUUUUCAUUCAGCAGGAACAGUUGGAAUCCGCUUUUCUUGCAAUCUCAACCAGCACCAUCUAGGAGCCAUUCGAGUUUGAUGAUGCAGCCCUCUUCUUUCCGCUAUGGUAACACGGGCGGCCCUUACCACAACAUAGGCACUGGGAGUGUAGUUAAUGUGAAUCAAGGCGGUUCAGGAUCAGUAAUUUAUUUCAGAUCAGGUGGAGGAGGUGGUAUCCCACUGCAGCAACAUGUGGACAUGAUGCAAAUGCCUCAGAGAAGUGGGGUUGGAACUGGAAUUGGAAUUGGAAUGGGAUCAAUGGGAAUGGGAAUGGAUCCACCCGCCUUACCAUUACCAUUACCAUUACCAUUACCUCCACCGGCACCGCAACCUCCAUCGGCUGUUGUGUUUGAAUCGGUUCCUGUGGUCCAUGGGAAAGCAGCCGCUAAGCGACUCCGUUUGUUUGGGGUUAAUAUGGAUUGCCCCCUUUCAGAUGACGACGAUCAAGACUACGACCCCUCAACCGAAUUGCCCCCUACCAUGGUUUCCACUACCACUGCCACGAAUACCAUUCCCACUGCGAAUUACCAUCAUGACCAAUUCGACCACCACAAUCAUCAUUAUCAUGUACCAACACCAUCUUCUUCUACAAUACCUUACCUGCAAUUGAGACCUUACGAAGAAGAAGAAGAAGAAGAAACCACAAUGAUGUCUUCCUCCUCUACUGAUCAUGCUUUUAACAAAAACACAAAAUCUUCAUCUUCUCCUAUGUCCUUGGAUUUUGGUAUCUGACCACACAAAUAUCGAAUCAUAUAGCUAUAUAUUUUUGUGUGAGGUUACAUAUAUAUAUUUGAGAAGCCGUCUAUAAUCCAGAAUUUUGAUUGGAUCUGAUCGAUCAAUCGUUUUGUACCCAAAAAUAUUUGAGGAGAUCAAGUGAAUAUUAAUCUUGGAUGAUCAAGAAAUCAGUUUGGAGACUAAUCCAUUGAGUAUUGUGGAUGAUGGAUGAUAGAUACAAAAGGCGAUUGAAGAGUGUUAUAUAUAGUUGUGUGCUGCAAACUAAUGGAAGUGAUCAGAGGUGCAAACUGGUUUUAGUUUUCAGCUACUUAGUUUGAUGUACAAUUUUCCAGUUAUAAAAUUCAUUUACACCUUCAAUAUCAAUAUUACUAUGCUAUUCACUAACUAUUCCAUUUAUUUAUAUAUUUAUAUAUUUAUUUAUUACUCUAGCAAUUAUUUAAAGUUUCCAAAAUUUUAUGUCAAUGUUUUAUUUUUUUUAAUCAUAUGUUGUAAACCCUAUAAUUUUCUAUACAUUUACAUGCCAAGUUUCUCACAGAAUAUAUUGAGUUUUAUUUUUCAUUUCCUGUUUAUGUGGAUGUAUAAAUAUCUAAAAUGAAAAUGUGAUUAUGGAAAAAACUUAGAAGAAAGAAUCAAAGAGGAAGGGUUUGGGUUUUCUCCUUUCUUCUUCGGCUUUGUUUUUAUUACCUUUUGUAGGUUUGUUGCUCGUGUUGCUGCCGCUGAGCUGCUACACCUUCCUUUGGGUACUCUACUCUCUCUCUGCAGGUAUUGGCGAAAAUUAAAGCUUGAUUUUAUGUAGGAUUUUGAAAACGAGAUUGACACUUAUAAUGUUCCUGUCCAGGUAUGCAUAUGGUGUCUAUAUGACAUAGGUGCAUUAAAUUCUAUUCUUUCUCUUUUUGAGUAAGUUGCCAGAGCUUUGGGUUUUCAUCAGAAACCAUAUAUAGCAAUUGAUCCAAAGCAUACUCCAAGAUAUAUAACUAGGACUUAUGACAUCUGGAUCGAGGACUCACGUGUGACUCAGAUUAGUUUCCUUUGGACAUGUUAACAUGCCCUCUAGAUGUAAUCAUAUAUAUAGACGAGGAGCUUGAUACAACUAUUAUGAUUUCUAAUAUACAAAGUUGUAAGUAAUUAAAUGGUUCUCCUGAUCUCUCUUAUAUGAAUACUUGUACAUGUGUAUGUAUAAAUAAACCUGGCUCCAUACUGCUCCAGCCGCUCGCUGUAAUAGCUUGCUUCUCGGGUGGCUCGCACCCUGGGUGUAUGUGCUUAUUUGAUGGAUUCUAGUGUAUCUAUUAUUUCGUA